ACACAAAGACUCACAUGCAUGCGGUGGAAAGUGAAGACAUCCACUUCCCAAAGGAAAAAAAAAUCAUAUUGCCCAACAUUCUGACAGGUGUUUAUUUUGUGCUUAAUGCUCCAGCUUUAUCUCCAUCACUUUCCUUCAAGUAUGCCACACUUCUCUUUGUCCUUUCAGGCCAACCUCAGCUCUUAUCCAGGGGCUAUUUGACAUCUCCACCCAGUGCCUUCCACUCAAUUGGAAAGGACCAUCUUGACUCUUGUCCUAUAGCCAACAGGCCAAAUAAAUAGAAUUGUGUCUCAACGUUCAAAUACCAGAGAAGUCAUAGUCACGUUCGCCAACUGCGCUACGCGCCAAGGGAGUGUAUAAUGGGCACCCGUUCUCCCUACUGUUCCUCUUUCAAGACGGGUCCAGACCCAACCCUUCUCCAAAUGGAAGAGAUCCCCUGAGGAUCCCUGGAGGAAAUCAAGUGGUUCCUUAAAAGUAACAUUUAGCAAUUACCUACCCCUGAAGUUGCCAUACAUGCUGGAAAAAAUGAACAUCAGCCCCAUUUCAAGCAAGAAAGGAAAGGGAGGACAUUGCUGCUAGCCCUCCCUCCGGGACUAAGUUACAAAGCCAUUGAGUCACCAUGAUUGCACUGCGUGUAAAUGCGUUGGAAGGUACUGGUAGAAGGGAAUAUUUGUAGCUCAAGGGUCAGCUGUGGGGUCCUUGGUGUUCUCUGAGCUUGGUUGUUUUCUGGCAGGUGUUUUAUGAUCCAACUAGGUAAGAUCUAGUAAACAGAGCAAAUCCCCCCCCCUUGUAGCGCUGCUGAUGUUAGCUAGUUGGCUAAUGAAACAUCUGCAUGAAGACAAGCCAGCUAGGAGGACUUCAAGGACCCCACACCGCAGCACUGACAUUUUUCAUGAUGAGGUUCUUUGGCCCCAAAACAGCUGGCUUGGGCAACAGUAGAAGACUCCACCGUGCAAACAUCUCCCAAGGAUUUUGUUUGGAAGGCUAUCAGAGGCAUAUUGGGGCCCUUGGCUUGUCUGUAGUCCCAACACAAAGAGCAAUCUGGGAGAAAUAGUAGAAGGAAAUCGCCAGCACUCCUUCAGCCUUUUUCUCUCAAUGUUCAGCAUUUUCAACCACAAGCACUCAAGCGGAGGAGACAUCAGCAAGCCAUCAACAUAAACCUUGCAUCACUUUGCAGCUAUUAGCAAUAUUUUGCCUCUUGGAAAAACACAACUGUUGAUUUAUGGGGCCAGCGUGGAGUUCAUCCCUUGUUUCGUUAUCUCCCACCCCGUCAAUAAAGUGUAUGGUUCAUUUCCUUCUCUAGCCCUUUAAUAGACAUUGGAUUUAUCCGUGUCAGAAAUAGGUGCCUGUUUCAGAGAAACGAUGGCAUACUAGCACAUCCCUACCUGGGAUUCUAGAUUGUAAGCAUGAUGCUCAAGGAACUUUAAGCGGAGGGGGAGGCUGGUGGCUGCCAUCAUCUGGCCAGGAAAUGAGGCUGGCCAUUUUCCAUGAAAGUUCAGCAUUAAUAUUUAAAAAAUGACCUGUAGACAUCAACACGGAUUCAUGCAGAUCAACGGUACAGGCUUGAUUUAUAUGUAAAAGUUCCUGUCGCAGCUUUGUGAAAAUGCAGCAAUGGUCCUGCCUUGCUAAUCGGAAAAAAACAAAACAGCAAGAAGCUGAAUACGACCAGAAUAUUCUCGUUUUUUUGUGCAUUCCUUGCAUUCGUACGCAAUCACUUGGCUAGCCCGUGAGCGACAGGAAUGCAAAGGUCUCAUUCCUUCCUCUGGCAGCGGACAAGUGAAAUGAGAUAUAAAAUAAAUAAAGGCAAGACUGAAGUGCAUUUUUAAGGAUGCAGCAACGGGUCUGGCUUGGGAAAAAAAUAGAAUGUUCUUCCUCAGCCUGAAGGGCACAACAUCUCCUUAGCUUUCGCCUCUGGGAAACCUCAAAAAUGGCAGAGAAAAGGCUGGUGAUCUUGUCGAUGGGAUCUCAGGGUUCCUCUCUCUCUCUCUUUCUGAAAUAAUUGUCAUUCAUGAGAUUGGAAAAAGAGGGAGGACAACUACAGUAGCUGGAAAGGGAUACAGGUCGUCCUCAUCUUACGACUACAAUGGAGCCCCAAAUUUCUCUUAUUAAGCGAGACCUAGGUUGAGUGAGUGUUGCCCGAUUUUACAACCUUUUCUUGCCACAGUCAAUUACUGCAGUUGUUCAGUAACGUGGUUGUUAAGUGGAUCUGGCUUUCCCCCCAUUGACUUUUCUUUUCGGAAAGUCACAAGAGGGGAAUCACGUGACCCCGGGACACACUGCGACCGUCGUAAAUACGAACCGGUUUGCCAAGCGUCUGAAUUUUGAUCCCUUGACGAGGAGGAUGCGGGAACAGUCCUCAUUGUGAAAAAACGAUCGUGUCACAUUUUUUCAGUCCUGUUGUAACUUGGAAUGGUCUCUGAACGACCUGUUGUUAAGUUGAGGGAUUGCCUUUAUUUGUUUCCUUAACUUUACAAGGACUUGGUGAGUAGAGACGCUAGGUGUGAUUACUGCCAAGUUUCCAGCGUCAGUUUCAGAAAUAUGUCAAAGGAAAAAAAAUCUCCUCUGUGGGGGGUGGACAUUUUUCUCUUAACUCCCCGGAACUCUCUCUUUUUGAUCAAGUCCCUCAAACGUCAACACCUCCUGAAGACGGUCUGAGAUCUUAUUUCCUCAGGAUUUGCUUUUAACGCCUUUUUUUGUUAGACCAGUGCAAUCUCCAGAUUUAGGGACUCUUGUCAAACGUUCCUUCAGCCUGCAAAGAAUUUAACAGCCGUUCAGACUGAGAAUUAGAAAGAGUUGGAUAAGGGAGCAGAUACCCUGAUGAAGUAAAGGUAAAAUGUGGAGAAGCUUCAAUUCCCCCCGAAGAAAAGAUCCCACGGGAAGUUCAAAGCUCUCCCGAGGCUGAUCGGGUUUUGCCACUGGCUCCUGAGCAUCCUUUUAGACAACUCCGUCUCAGAUCUGGACGGUGAAAUCUCGGGGUGCGGAAGGAAGUGCUGCCACUCGCCAUGGCAAAUAAAGACCACCAGCUCCACAUCCACUCCCUGGGCCAAACCUUGAACUGUCUCUAUCAGAAUAAUCUGCGUGUCAACUGCCACCCUCUGCCAAAGAGCUCCACAAACCUAGAGGGCAUCAGGCAAGGAACUUCUGAGGAAGGUCUUAGCCACACACGGGACCUCCCCAAAAGCCUCAGCGGUUCUGUUUGCCAAGCCCAGGAGAAGGGGACCACCGCUGGAAGAAUUCUUAGCGGCUUCUCUCCACAAGACAGCGCGCAACGUCCCACCAGAAACAGCAGCCACUUCUUCAGUGUCGACCAGUCCCCAACAUCUGAAGAAGGGAUGAUGUAUCCUAGAGCCUACCUCCGGAGCAGUCCUGUUGAGAAGUCAACUCCAGCCUCUGGUGCCAACCUCCAACAUCAGUGGACAAUGGAGGGUCCUGGAGUUGCAGUCCGGAGAAGCCUCUCUGACUUCGCCUGUAGCUGCAAGCAACCGAGUCCCACCUUCCACAUGGAGUCAAGUGCCACAUCCCCUGCCAUAUGUUCACACAGUGGUAACUUUGCUUUGGCCGACAGACUGAGGAUUGCAGGCCUGAGAUAUGGAGCGGACCCUUAUGAAAACAGCCCAGAUUUGCAAAGCCAUAGGAUGGUACCUGCUAAUGUCUUUCACAAAGGUGCAACAUCACCCAAUGUUGCUAUUUUUACAGACUCCGGAGCAUAUCACACAAAUGUUCUUGGUCCAAGCACUCCCAGUUUCUCCAGUAGGACAAUGCAUGCACACAGUGGAAUAGGACACACUAGCAAUAUUUCAACUGGCGGGUGCCCACCUGGAAUGGUGACCAUUCCUAACGGCAUUCCUCUGACCUACAACCAAUGCCACGUGUCUUCUGCGAAGGAAGAAGGCACCGUUCCUGCCUACUGCCAUUCCUUACCGAUACCUUCUCUUCAGUUUACCCCAAGGCUAGUGUACUCAGUUAAUGAAUUGGGUGAAGAACAAGUCAACCCCGAGGGCUGUUCAUCUUUGCUCGCUACUGAAGUCUCCUCCAUGAAUGGGUCAGGUCAGGAAGCCAACCACAAUCUGGGAUGCUGUCGGGCCCACGGGGAGCGUGUGCUGCACUCUCAGCCUUACGGACGAGCAAACAAGGCUCAAGAGGAAAUGAAGACCAUGUAUGUGGUAUGGAACAGCCACCAAGAUGGGGUUCAGACAGUCAUGACGACCAAAGACACCUGGACCAUGACGUCUAUGAAUGAUCUCACCCAGGGAUUCCAGUCUCCACUGGACUACAGGGACGCGGAAGUACAGACGUUCCCAGGAAAGGAAUGCAAGUCCGUGGCAACCAGCCCAUCUGUUCUGGCAGAAGGCCACCCUCAUGUGUUCCCAGAGGUUAAUCUGAAACCAGAGGCUGAGGCCGAGAAGUCUCCCGUGCGGGACGUCAGGUGGGACGACGAAGGCAUGACCUGGGAAGUCUACGGGGCAGGGGUUGACCCUGAGGAGCUUGGACUGGCCAUUCAGAAGCACUUGGAGUUCCAGAUAGAGCAGUUCCAAAUGGAACCGGAGACGCUGUCUGCAAAAGCUUCUGAGAAACUGCCCACCAAGGAGGAGAAAAGGAUCUCCUUUGGCAUGGUGAUGCAUUGUCUGAGAAAUCCGGCCUGCUGUGCACGGUCCAACAUGGCAGUGGAGUGAACUCCGUGCAAAGACCGUCAUUCCCAAGCUGCCAAUGAAUGUCGAUUCUUCAAGAGGGGUCAAGGAUAUCCCAAGAGUGAAGUUUCAGGGAGGCCUCUUGGUGCCCUGGACCUUCACAGCCCUACUUGUACAGGACAGGCCUCCAAAGAAAAAGGGGGAAGGAACCAUCACCAGAGCCAGUAGCAUCAUCAUCACCACCACCUCCUUCUCUGCAGCCUUUUGAGGCAAUGAUGAUCUGCAUCAGGAGCACCACCACCCAUACUGCAUGUUCCUUCUCUACUCUCUAAAAGUGGAGAGAGAUGGGAUGGGACUUGCUGGUGGUAAGCCUCAUCGUGCUCUCUUGAGACCUUAAUGGGUCUCCUGCAGCACUGGCAGGGGAGGAACGCCAGAUGACCAUCCUUCUUGGCUUCUCCUACCUCAGUUGCUCUACCAUGAGGUCUUUCUGACUCCUGCCCCUUUUGCCUGGAGGCCCACAAAGAUCCAUUGUUUCUCCUGUGCAAUGCAGGAUGUCCACUUGGAACUGAGCUGGCCACAACAGGAAUGUCCUCUACCCACCAGAGAUGCUACGGAAUACUUUCUCAAAGGACAACCUAGCCCUAGGCCAGGGGUAGGCCACCUUGGCUCUUUUAUGACUCGUGGACUUCAACUCCCAGAAUUCCUGUGCCAGCAUGGCUCAGCUUGGAAACCUCUCCCUUUCCCCUCAGUGUGGCUG